AAAACAAAGAAUAACAAAAAAACUAAAAUGGAUACUAUAGUAAAAGAAUUAGACAUAAAUAGCAAAAAUGUUUUCCCUACAAAUAAUCCAAAUCUGUUUGUGGUAAUUGUGCACAGCAAUUGGUUAAAAAAAUGGUUAAAAAACUUGGACAUCGAUAAUUCUGUAAAUAACAUUGAUAUUGCAUUACAACCUGGUGAAAGUGUUCCUUAUCCGUGGCGUAAAAUAUUUAUUAGGGUAAUAAAUAAAAAGUGUUCCAAGGUUUUACCAUUACCAAGGUACAAACUUAAUGAGAGCAAUCCAGAAUCGCCUCUGACUUUUUCCUACUUACUGCAAUGCAUCUCACAAACAAAUCAAAGAAAUUUAUGGAAAGAAUCUUUUAAAAAGUAUUCACAAAACAAUGAGAAUAGUAAAGAUACAGCAUUAGUUAAUCUUCUCGAACACGAUCAGCUUUUAUCUGAUAUUAUCCUGAGACUAUAUGGUUGCAACAUAGUUAGGAUAAAAAGCGACAGCAAAUUAAAUGAGUACAAAGAUGUAAUAAUACCCAAUAAACACAUUGCAAAAUCCUAUGAGACCCAUGUCAAUUUGUUAGCAGCUCUAAUCACUUUGGAGACUGAUAAUAACUAUUUUAUCAUCUACCGAGGGCAUUACGAAAAUAGUUUGUUAGACUGUUUAAAUUUCAGUCCAAAUUUAAUUGACAAAACUUAUGCUAGAGGACUAUUUAUUGUGUAUCAGUUACUACACAUGUCUAAAGCAAUGUGUGAUAGAGGCCUCAGUGUGGGUUUGCUGAGACUUCAAGAUAUUUAUCUGUCAGAGAAUCUCUGGUUGCAGAUCAUUCCCCCUAUAACAAAUAACAUAUAUUGUUUAGAUAACUCUUUAAUAUAUGAAUAUAAUAGGAAUAAAGCUAAUAGCCAACCUUUGAAUUUAAAAAAUGAUGAUGUAAGUUGGCAAAAAGAAGCAGCCAAAUUAGAGCAGCUCUGUAUGCUCUGGACUAGGGGGAAAAUCUCUAACUUGGAUUAUCUUCUACAAUUGAACAUGUUAGCAGGAAGGAGCGCCAGUGAUCCUCAAGCACAUUUCAUGGUACCUUGGGUUACUGAUUUUAAUUCAAGAUGUGGCAGAAAUUGGAGAGAUCUGAGUAAAUCAAAAUACCGUCUGAACAAGGGUGACAGGCAGUUGGACAUGACAUAUGAUGUGACAAGUGCCAACGGUCAAAUACCACAUCAUGUGUCUGACGCUUUGUCAGACAUCACUUGCUAUGUGUACUUAGCAAGAAGAACCCCAAAGGAGAUUCUUUGUAAAUAUGUCCGCAACAAGUGGGUACCAGCGGAGUACCCGGGUUCAAUACAGCGCAUGCAGGAAUGGACACCAGAUGAAUGUAUACCAGAGUUCUAUACCGACCCAACUGUCUUCAAGAGUAUCCAUGAAGAUUUACCGGAUCUUGGUAUACCAUCGUGGGCCACCUGCGCAGAGGAUUUCAUCACAAAGCACAGAGAAGCGCUGGAGAGCUCCCACGUGUCUGAAAACUUGCAUCACUGGAUCGAUAUUACUUUUGGUUACAAACUAUCCGGUUCAGCAGCAGUGAAAGCGAAGAACGUGUGCCUUACCUUAGUAGACGGUCACUCGCGCAUGCGUCGUGGCGGCGCCGUGCAGCUCUUCUGCGCCCCGCACCCCGCGCGGAGAGCACGCGCGCCCCCGCCCGCACCCAUACGUAUGCGCUGGACCACGCCCAAUGCUAAAAAAGUUAUCAAAAAUGACAGUUCAGAAGAUAUGACAGAGGAGGAGGAAGAAUCGAACAGCUUGCCUCAACACGUUUCUCGCCUCCAAGUUCCGUCGCAACGCGUCCGUUCUCGUCACAAAAGCAGCAGUCGAGCUCGGUCUCUCUCAAAAGCGCAAGAUGGCGGCGAUGACGUCAUAACAGAAAAUAGAGCGUCCUCACAUUCCAGACAUUACAAAGUGCAGCGCUCAGAACUAGGGAAAGGCGUUAUAUAUCUGCCAAAAGAAUUCAAUCCCGCAGCGUCUAUCCAAGCGCUGGAGGUCUUAGACAAUUUCAGAACCAAGUGUUUCUUUAGCAAAGCGGAGGAUAAGAAAAGAACAGCUGAGAACACACAUAAACCAAAUUUGUUACAACUACAGAAAGCAAAGGAAAAUGUCAAUGCGGGAAAGGAAAAAUCUGAUGACACAGCAUUCACUAACCACAUGUUCUUCGCAUCUUACGAUCAAGCUUACUUAAAGAAGUUCAGUCACGACGCACAAUUAGACAAUGUUCUAAAAGAGAGGAAGAAUAGAAUGUUCAACACAAGGUACACUACAGAUGCGGCGAUAUACAAGCAGUUUGUUACUGAAAGUCGACAACAGGACAUGUUGGUGAUCGGAUGUCUCAUUGUGGAAAUUUUCCUGCACGCGUACAUGCGUCCACUGCGGACGAAUAACGAUAACUUUGUAGAUAGAUACAACAGUUGUCGAACUGUACUGAAGUACAACUUCAAUUCGUUACCUAAAUGCGUCAGCUAUAUCGCCUCAUUACUUCUAAAUGUUCAACCUCUAAGUCUCAGUUUCAAAAAUGAUCUCAUACCGUUAGCAGAGGAUACAAAAGCGUCGGUUGUAACAGACAAAGGUUUGCCACCACCUACUCCUGCGCAGCUGCUCCAACCUUUACUUAUGCAGCAUUUGAUACCAUUCCCACAAAGUUUUAACAUUUUAUACAAUCUCAUAAGCACGUUACACGAAUACGAACUAACAAGCAACGAACUAAACUUACUGUACAUGUACGAAUGUGACGGUAAUCAGUGUGAGAAAUACAAGAAUGUCGAUAAAACUAAACUUUACUUUAAUCAAAGAAUCGCCGAAGGUAAAAUUAAAACUUGUAUAACACAUUUGGAAGUUCUCCUGGAACAGAUAAAGUGCGUCAACCAGAUCGAUGUCCUCGACAUUUUCUUGUCCCAUUACAUCGAGUUACUGGAAAAUAAGAACACAUCUGUUUUAGCAGCUUGGUAUCUCUUUGACACUGUAAGCAAAGCUUUAGGACCUGCGGAGACACGGAAGAAAAUAUUGAAAUACAUCCUGAAUUUGUACGAAGAUGAUGAUUAUCUCUACGAUAAAUCAGAACAACAUAAAAUAACUGAAGUAGAUUCUCUAACAAAUGGAACUGUGCAAAUGAAACACAAGUUUGUAAAACUGUAUCAUCAUAUUUUUCUUUUGCAAUUGAUAGUAAGGUUAGGACUUCAGUGCUUCCUGGACAAUUUCACGCAGCAUCUUGUUGAAGCUGUGGGCGGAUAUAAAGACGUUUGCACAGUCAUAGGAUCACCAGGUCACCUAUGUCAUAAUCGUGCGAUGGCUAACAAGAAACCGCGCUACUCCGACGACAAUGUUAAGAAUGCUCUAACCACCACAUCCGAUAUCUUCUCCCCUGACACAUCAUAUGGAUCAGAAAAUGUCGUCACACCGAACGUUGAGAAAACUAUAGCCGAGGUUAAUGAAGUCUUAAACGAAAAGGACGUUGAUAGCAGAAGUGAAAAUGAGCUGUUCCAUUUUGAAAACGACAAAGACAGACAGCCCAGUCUUAGUAGCAGAAGCAAGUCUCCCACCGGGUCGGUUGACUCUAAUACUAACAAAGAACAAAGCAGUUUACACACCCCAUCCCCUUCUUCUGAGUACUUUUCGCCAGGGAAUUCUAGAUUCUUCACGCCAAACAUUUCUAAUCAAUCAAACCAUAAAGAGCCUAAUAGCAAAGUAGAUAAGGAUGAAAAUCGUGAAACUUCGGAAGCACCAGUAAAGACAUGUAUAUCACCUCCAAUUGAUGUUCCACAGCGACCUAUGUUCACAAGUUACUUGCACUUCGCCGAAGAAGAUUCGAAGUCGGAAGAAGUUGAUUUGGAAAAUACUUCACAAGCAGCUGAAGAUAAAGUUGAAGAUAUAUCAAAUGCGGAAACACAAAAAUUGCAAGAUGAAGACGAUACUAAAGUUGAUGAUGAAUCAGUUACUUGUAAAAUAUCUGAUAUGAGUUCUGAGAGUUUAAUUUGGCUGGCGCAUAGACUGGGGCCGGUGCUGACUUGUAGGUACAUUACAAGAAAUUUGCUCAAAAUGCUCACACUAUGCUACAUCGGAAAGGAGAACCUCUCACCUUUGGAGACUGAACAGAAAGAUGAAUUCGAUGAAAUCUCAGUCGUGAAUAGUAAAGUGGUGGGUGACAGGAAUGCUAUGAAAGUUAUUGAGUGUCUUACAUCAAUUGUUGCGAUGUACGGCGAGCAGCUGAUAAUGUUCCAGUACUUGCCGCACAUGGGCGAGCUGAUCGCGUCAUGUCGCCGGCGGCUGUCCGCGCCGCUGGAGGGCGGUGUGGUAGCCUGUCUGCAGCUGCUCAAGCACCUGCUGCCCUACAUGUCUGAUGUCAAGGUCAUGGAACAGCUGCAGGAUACUUUCUUAAAAUCGAUCCUGCAACCGUCACUCCGGCUGGCAUCCACAACUCGUUGCGCGUAUACAAAUGGUGCGACAGCGCGAGGCGCGCUCACUCGCAAGCUGGUUGACGCGUUGCACGCGCUGGCAUUACGCGUCGGCCCCGAGAUGAGCCGACGGCAUCUUUGUGUGCCCGCGCUACAGAGGUUCUUUUUAGCCUUCGAUAAAGCUACUGGAAAAGUUGAUAACUGGCCGAAACAAGAUGAAAUCAAUGGUGAUAAGAGUGUAGAGCAGGAGAGCCGCGAGGGCAAGGUGGAGGGUUUCCUGGAGAUCUGCCGCGACGGCAGUACGGCGGAGUGGGCGGUGCGGGACGGACGUGUGGUGCGCGCAGACCUGCCGGAGCUGGCCUGCUCGCCGCCGGACCUCGCGACCGACGAACACGACGCUAAUGGACUUACUGCUCAAGAGGAGCUACUUGUGGUAUUCAAUGAGGAGCUGGCGUAUCGCACCCACAGCACCUUUGCCCGCUUCCUGGGCGCGGACAGCCUCGAGCGAGCGCUCAAGAAUGCGGACACUGUGCGGACGUUAUGCAAUAACUAUAAACAAAUACACGCCAUCAGUUCUCCCCUCCAUAUAAACCAGCAAGGGAAGCGUUUUCAAUCGUCAUUCAGCGAUGAUCCUAUCAGUCGCAAAACGGCUCUUACGCCCACAAGAAGUGAUCUCUCCGACAACGGCAACGGAUCUGGUAACAACAGCUUCGGUUCCAAUGUUACACUCGUCGGCAACAGGAUAGAUGUCGCUGCGGACCAGGAAGAUGAAAUCGGACAAGGAUGUGGAUUUGAUGCUGUCGCGUAUAAGAUGGCUAACGGCGUGAAGAGUGAAAGACAUCUUCGGGGUGACUGGUUGAUCUACUGGGAACAUGAGAUCGGACGACCGGACAAAGAUGCCCGCUUUAACCUGAAGCAGAUCAAACUGCAGACAUUCCUUGGACACACGCACUCUGUCAAAUCUAUACACUGUCUGGACAAUGAGAACAGCUUCAUGAGUGGAUCUAAGGACAAGACUGUGAAACUAUGGUCUUUGAGGAAUCAGGGAGAUGGCAAUGCAACUAGUCAAUGCAACUGGACUUACACGGGUCACAAGAAGGGCGUGUUAUCCCUAACAUUCUUAGAGUCUCUACGUCUGGCUGUCUCCACUGACUCUAUCGUACACAUCUGGGAUCCCUUCAUGGAGACUGUGGUGUCGCAGUUGGAUAAUAUAAAGUCGGCAGUGAGUAUAGUGCGUACUCUACCCGGACCAUCUACAGUAGUGGUGGCCGCCACUACAGAUGCCACACUGCGACUCAUCGACGCCAGAUCUCCUUAUUCCUCCUACGAGCUGAAGUUAGCGACGAGCGCGACGACGUUCAUCCGCUGCAUGUGUAUAUGCGCGUCGGGCGCGUGGGUGGCGUGCGGACUGGCUGGCGGACAUGUUGCUGUACUCGACACGCGCAGUGGCCGCCCGCUUGCCGCAUGGCGCGCACACGACGCAGAGGUUUUACGCUUAGCUGCAGUGGAUGAUCAUAGAUUAUUGAGUUCGGGACUGGACCAAGUGACCGCGCUCUGGCGGGUCGACGAUGGCGAGUUGAUUGCGCAUCUCAAGGGCAGUACUGAACCCGUUCACUGCCUUUCUGUAUAUUACAACGAGUUAAUAUCGGGGACCACAAACAAUCGCAUCGGAGUCCACACGUCAUUGGAUCAAGACGCCUCGUUCUCCUCAACUAAACUACGCUCUGACACAUUCAAAGGAGUUCUGACAUGUAUGUCAGUGUUGCCACUCAAUAGACUCCUACUGUUAGGUAGCGAUAAUGGUACUAUAAGUUUACUUUGCUGAUAUUAUUAAAAAGUUUUUGCAUGUGGUUUUUUUUUUUAAAUUAAAUAAUUAUGCAAAUGUCAAAUGCGAGCUGGUCUCCUUUUAAUAUGCCAAGGUUAUUUUUUUAUAUUAUCAAUGAAAUGUAUACAACAAUAGU